AUGUCCGAAUCGCCUUCAAGAUCGCGAUCGAAGGGCCUGACGAACGUCCUCUCCAAGACCCGUCAGCGGCACCAGAAGAAUGGCGAUUCGGCUUCGAGUUCCAUGAAAAGCGCAGAGAGCGACGGCAAAAGGGGAUUUCGAGAAUCGUUGGACAGCGUUGUUGAGAGGUUGAAGACGCUCAAUGGAUCCGACGACGAGCAAGAAUCCACGGGCAUCAAGAAACUCGUGCCAACAAUUGGAUCCAAACGACGGCGCAGGAAGCAGGAGAGAGAAGACGAGCUGAGGGCGAGCGAGGAGGCAGAGAGAGGAAGGAGUGUUGCUGAACGAGGGACCUUGGCGAACGAGGUCGAGCGCCGCAAUGGUAGUGUAGCAACCCGCUCAGGCGAUGGCAGCAGCUUGCUCACAAAUGAUUCGGAUACUGUAUCACCCUACGAAACAUCACCUCCAUUGUCAACACAUCCCUCCCACAUCGGGUACCUUACUACCUCGUCCCCGCUCGUGCAGGCGUCGAUAGUACCCACAAUCGUUCAGCCCAAACCCGAAGACGAUCAAUUGGACGGUGCUACUCGACCCCGAUCCUCGACCUUUUCUCCCCAAACCGACGCCCUGGCUGCCUCAACCUCAACCGAAUCUCUCGCGACAAACAGCCUCCAAGCCCCCACAGACGGAUCACACAAGCGCUCUCCCUCUCCUGUUGGCAGAUUAAAAGAGGCCUUCAAACCGAGGCGUGGGGCGAGCCCUGGCAUAAGCCCGGAGCGCAAGGCUGGAGGCCGGGCUGGGACACUACCACAAGACAACGAUUCGGCGGGGAACAGUAGGCGUGGAAGUGUUGUUUCGAGAAUCUUUGAAAAACAGACCUCACAAACCAGUUUAGACAACUCCUCCCCAGAACGACCCAAGACUGCACAAAUACGCCCAAUAGAUACGAAUGCAGUCCCCUUAACACCUCCACAAGGCGACACCGUCGCUCCUGUAAUCGUAAAUACUCCUCCAACACCUACAGACUCGAGUUCGCCCCGUUUUACGACUCCUCACGAACGAGGGCAUACUCACUCUCAAUCUGAUUCUAGCCCUGUGAAUCCCAAUGUGGUGACGUCUCCCUCGGGGAACAUGAUAUCGCACCGACGGGUGAGAUCAGGAUCAGCUACUCUCGGACCUAGCAAAUUAUCAAAUAUCACAUCUGCACCACUAACACCUACCCCCGAAAACGGUUCCACAACUCCCUCAGGACAAGGAGGCUUCUUCUCCAGCGUAUUUUCCGCUGCUCAGAACGCCGCAAAUCAAUUAAGUAACAGUAUAGGAAAUACAAACGUGGCUCCUCCCGGGAACAGAUCCAGAAGUGGCACACAGGAAUUGAAGGACAUAGCAGAAAGUCCGGAAGUCGAAACGUUAGCGGACAAGACGGAUUCCAAUAGUGAGGUAGAGGAGAAGGAAUUAGCGGUAAAGACAUUAGGGAUGGGGGACCUCAGCCUAAGCCACUUGGGAAUUUCCGAGACCACCAGUGGAACGAACACGCCAGUUUCUUCGAAGUUUCCCGAGGAGCAGAGGGGUCGCUCUGACCUACCAAAUGAAGAUUCCUUCACAAACAGAUCAUAUGCCACCGCUCCAGCUUCCAGGGAAGGGUAUGAAACCACGCCAUAUACAACUGUCGUGGAAGACAUCCAACCCUUUGUUGGACCUCGAUCAUUAUAUGAGCCAUCUCUGCCUGGAGAACAAACGCCGCCGAAUGGUAGUGUUUUUGAAGGCAACGCUGGCAUCAAGCGUAGUGGCAGUAUUCGAAGCGCGAUAGGCCAUCGUAGGAAGAGGGGAAGCACCGCGACAUCUGGUGGGGCUAUUGGUGCCGCUAUUGCGGCGGCUCAUGGUUCUAUGGCUGACCCAAAAGCUGGAAACCCAAAGAUUACUGGGUUUGCUGUUGCAAGCAAGAAGCGAAAUCGCGACUUUCAUCAACUUUUCAGGAGUGUACCGGAUGAUGACUACUUGAUUGAAGACUACAGCUGUGCCUUGCAACGAGAAAUCCUUGCCCACGGGCGAUUGUACGUUUCUGAAGGCCAUUUAUGUUUUAGUAGCAACAUUUUUGGUUGGGUCACUACUUUGGUUAUGAGCUUUGACGAGAUUGUUUCUGUUGAAAAACGAAGCACGGCAUUGCUGUUCAAGAAUGGGCUUAUGAUUUCUACUCUACAUGCAAAGAACAUUUUUGCGAGUUUUACCAGUCGGGACUCGACUUAUGAUCUGAUUGUUGGGAUAUGGAAGCUUGGACACCCGAGUUUGCGGAGUUCCUUGAACGGCGUAACAAUCGACGAGACAGGAGGUGGAGAUAAGACUGAGAAAGCCGAUGGUAGUGUUGCUCCUCCCGACAGCCAGAGCGGUUCGGAAUCCGACAGUGAUGCUGAGGAAGGCGAUGAGAUGUACGAUGAAGAUGACGAGGAGGAAGAUGGAAUGAGUUUUACUCAAGCUGAGGGAAGUGUGGCGGGUAGCGACAUGGUCGAAAAAAUUGUCAGCCGAAAAGCCUCAGCAGCAGUCGUGACGAAUGGUGUUCCGACUGAGAGCAAAGAAGAUAAACCAACUCUCGCGGCGUCUGUUGACUUUCCUGGUCCAGCUGCGCAUUCUCCUACCACUUGCUCGGAUGGAGAAACCCAUUAUUCUAAAAUACUUGCGGACGAAAUCAUUCCUGCUCCACUUGGCAAGAUAUAUAGUCUCAUGUUUGGCCCUGCAUCGGUAAUAUGGAUGAGGCAUUACCUCACCGUUGAACAAAAGUGCCUGGACUUGACCAUGGAGGGCACUUCAGCAGCGCCUUUGACCUCGGAGAACAAAGUGCGAAAUUACUCAUACAUCAAGCCUCUUAGUGGCGCGAUUGGCCCAAGGCAAACCAAAUGUAUAUGCACGGAGACUCUUGACUCUUUGGAUCUCGAGAAGGCAGUUUCAGUCACUAUCUCGACUCAAACACCUGAUGUGCCCAGUGGUAAUGUUUUCAGCGUCAAGACCAAGUAUUGUCUUUCUUGGGGCGAAGGGAACAGCACGAGGCUACAGGUGAACAACGCCAUCGAGUGGACUGGCAAGAGUUGGCUGAAAGGUCCGAUUGAAAAGGGUGCCAAUGAUGGACAGGUACAGUAUACUAAAGACAUCAUCAUCGCUCUGAAAACAGCCGUAUCAUCGCGCCGCGGCACCGUUGCACCAACAAGCAAAGGCAAGAAGAAAGGCCGCAAGGGCCGCGAGUCCAGGAGCCUCGCGAAGACCUUGGAUGGUGUUAGCGAUAAGAAGCCUGUCCAAGAUGGCUGGGGACUCUUCGAACCUCUCCAUGGCAUCUUCGGCCCCAUUCUUGACAUCAUAGGCCCACUGCUAACCGGCAACAUUCUAUACGGCAUUUUCGUCGGCUUGCUCGUGGCUUCUUGGUUCCGCUUCGGCUUGGGUGGGAGUGGAGACACUAACAUGAGCUUCAUCGGCACUCCUCAACGUGUCGCUGCGUACGAGGAGAUGUGGCGAAGGGAAGAGAGUGAGUUGUGGACUUGGCUUGAAGAUAGAGUGGGUAUGGAGAAGGUCAGGGAAGUGGGGAAGAUGACUGUUGAAGCCAAGACGAUGGAGGAUAGGUUGAAGGAUGAGAAGAUGGAGGAGAGGGAGAUGGAGGCUGCCAUAAGGAUUACGGAGGACAGGUUAAGGGUAUUGAAGAAUACUGUCGAGAAGAAGAGAGGAGCGGUUUUAGGUGAGGGCACAAAGGCGCCUGCUGAUGAGGGUCGGAAAGACGAAGUUUGA